CUCCGCAGGCUGGCCAUGUUCCCCUGGGGGUUGAGCUGCUUGUCGGUGCUGGGGGCGGCGGGCACCGCUCUCCUGUGCGCCGGCCUGCUACUUAGCCUGGCCCAGCACCUCUGGACCCUCCGCUGGACGUUGAGCCGGGACCGAGCUUCUGCCCUGCCCCUGCCCAAAGGCUCCAUGGGCUGGCCCUUCUUCGGGGAAACGCUGCACUGGUUAGUUCAGGGCUCGCGGUUCCACAGCUCCCGCCGGGAGCGCUACGGGACAGUGUUCAAGACGCACCUGCUGGGCAGGCCGGUGAUCCGUGUGAGCGGCGCCGAGAACGUGCGCACAAUCCUGUUGGGCGAGCACCGUCUUGUGCGCAGCCAGUGGCCGCAGAGCGCGCACAUCCUACUGGGCUCGCACACACUGCUCGGCGCGGUUGGCGAGCCGCACCGGCAGCGGCGGAAGAUCCUGGCACGAGUGUUUAGCCGCGCGGCUCUGGAGCGCUACGUGCCUCGCCUGCAGGGGGCGCUGCGGCAGGAAGUGCGCUGCUGGUGCGCAGCCCGCGGGCCGGUUGCUGUCUACGAGGCCGCCAAAGCGCUCACCUUUCGCAUGGCCGCGCGCAUCCUACUGGGGCUACGGCUAGAUGAGGCCCAGUGCUCGGAGCUGGCCCGCACCUUUGAGCAGUUCGUGGAGAACCUCUUCUCGCUGCCACUAGAUGUACCCUUCAGCGGUCUGCGCAAGGGCAUCCGGGCACGGGACCAGCUGCAUCGGCACCUGGAGGAGGCCAUUGCAGAGAAGCUUCACGAAGACAAGGCUGUAGAGCCAGGCGAUGCCCUGGGCAUGAUCAUCUACAGCACUAGGGAGCUGGGCCAGGAGCUCUCCGUGCAGGAGCUGAAGGAAUCAGCUGUGGAGCUGCUCUUCGCCGCCUUCUUCACAACGGCCAGUGCCAGCACGUCCCUCGUCCUGCUGCUUCUGCAGCACCCGGCGGCUAUCGCCAAGAUCCAGCAGGAGCUGGAUGCGCAGGGGCUGGGGCAAGCGUGCGGCUGCGCGGCGGGGGCCACGGGGGGCGGCGCAGGGCCCCGGCCCGACUGCGGCUGCGAGCCAGACCUCAGCCUGGCGGCGCUGGGCCGCCUGCGCUACGUCGGCUGCGUGGUCAAGGAGGUGCUGCGCCUCCUGCCGCCCGUGUCCGGGGGCUACCGCACCGCCCUGCGCACCUUCGAGCUCAACGGCUACCAGAUCCCCAAGGGCUGGAAUGUGAUGUACAGCAUCCGGGACACGCAUGAGACGGCCGCGGUUUACCGCAGUCCGCCCGAAGGCUUCGACCCCGAGCGCUUCGGCUCUGCGGGCGAGGAUGCGCGGGGCGCCGCCGGCCGCUUCCAUUAUAUCCCGUUCGGCGGCGGUGCGCGCAGCUGUCUCGGCCAGGAGCUGGCGCAGACAGUGCUCCAGCUGCUCGCGGUGGAGCUGGUGCGCACGGCGCGCUGGGAACUGGCCACGCCUGCCUUUCCCGCCAUGCAGACCGUGCCCAUCGUGCACCCGGUGGACGGGCUGCGGCUCUUUUUCUACCCUCUUGAGCCUUCGGCCGCGCACGAUGCGCGACGCCUCUGAGCCGCUGCGCUGCGGGACCUGACUGGUCCAGUGGCAGCGGCACGCUCGCGGCUCCGCCCAUCUGCCGUUCUCCAGUGCCGGGUCGGGCGCUGUCUCUUUCAACAAACCGCCAUCGAAUGCGGCUCUGUGCCGGACUCUGAGGAGGAGGAUGAGGAGGAGGAGCGUGAGCCACCGCCACCGCACUGGAGAAGUGCCCAGGCCGGCGGGAAGGUGCCGCCUGCACUUCGCACCCUGAGGGAGGAAAGAUCGUGGGCCAAGAUUCUUAGGCCCUUCCCAGGAUCUCAGGAAUGGAGGGAAGAGAUCUCCACUAGGAGCCAAGCCCGGGAAGGUGCAUGGGUUACGGGGCCCUGGGGAGGAUUGCUAGGGAAGGAUCGGGGAGUGCCAGAGAUCUGGCGAACGAGAUAGGACCUGCAACCCUUGCGAGGAAGCGGCUAGGCCGGGGGCGCAUCCCUGGGCUGGCUUUGGGCCAUAGGAAGACACACCGUGAAGUUGCCCAAUGGAAGGCCCUUAGGCAGCUUGCCUCC